AUGAACCAAACAUUCAGCAUCUCGAGCAGCCCGGUAGCUAAUAGUCGCAACACUGCGACCCAGCGAAAUAGCGCACCGAAGACAAUAUCUUGCGAUGUCUGCCGGCGUCGUAAGAUUAAAUGUGACAGAGCAAACCCAUGCAGCCAAUGUGCAUCCUCGUUUAAUGAUUGUGUCUAUUCCGAGCCCGCGCGACAGAAGAAGAGAAGGAGAGUCUCUCCCCACACAGUUGAGGUGCUUGAAAAUAGAAUCCAAGCCCUUGAGAGGUCGUCGCCCCCGAAUGGCUCCCAAUCCAUUCCAAGGGAAUAUCACCGCCACUCCAACGGGUCUGGUCGAGGGGCUCCUCCCGAAAACCCAGCCGACAUGAGUUCAUCUUCUGCAGCUGGCACUCCAAUAGUGUUUGAGCCGGUUGCGAGAAUUUAUCACUCCGCCGAGAAGGGCGACUUUGAAUUUCAAGGUUACUCUGCAGAUCGUACCUUUAUUCAGGGCUUCAAAGACGAAUUUGCAGGGUGGGAGUUCGACACUGCCCACAAGAAAUUACCAAACCUGUUCUCGGUUACGGGUCUUUUUGAUACCUCCAGCGGCACGUUGAUUGGAGAUGAGCUCCCUGAGCGAGCCUUGGCCGUAAGACUAACCGAAGCUGCAUUAGACGCGCAAGUCAUGUUUUCAGUGAUUCAUCGCCCUUCUUUCAAUAUUUCAUUCAACUUGAUCUAUAUGCUGGACCAGCAACACUAUAGUGUCCUCGAAUGGAGAUUCUUGGCACUUUUCUAUGCGGUUCUCGCCUAUGGGCGCCUCCAUGCUGAUAUACGGAAAGACGAUUCCAAAUGCAAAGACAUUGUCUCUCUACAAGCCAUCUUUUUCAAGAUUCUAUUUCAUCUAGUGGUGACACGAGUCUUUACGUCUUACACAUAUUCAAGUGCAGCAUUAUCUGUAGCUAUCCGGAUGGGCCUUCACAAGCCCCUGGGAAACCAACAUGAUUUUGUUUCACGAGAAAUGGGAAAAAGGCUGUUUCGAGGCUUGUGGGUCUUGAGUAAUGAUGUCGCAGCGAGCUGUGGGCUCCCAAGACUCCUCAGCUCUAGUGAAAUCCCCAAUGAGCCGUUUUUAGAAGUGAACGAUUCCUAUUUCGAUCGGACAAGGAUGGGCAAGCAGCCUCAGGAUGAGUUAUGCCUUGUUGCGGCUGCGAACGUGUAUCAAAGCCUGCAGCCAAUUUUCCAUCGGAUCACAGACCUGAUGUACUCGGAAAAGCGGUUCCAGGUCUCAGCCCCGGCGCAAUCAAUGCGGUACACUAUUGACAUAGAAACACUUCAAAUCCUCGAAGCUGAACUCGGAAAAUGGUUGAACAAUAUCCCCACUGCAUUUAGACUGGGCAAGUCGUUUGGAAAUCGACAACUAUUGACUGCGCAAUUCAAUGUGUGCAUAUCAUACGCACAUUCUCAAAUCUACUUGUACCGACCUUUCUUGCAGCACUUUACAAAAUGCUCCAACACCCACAUCUCGCCCGAAAGCUCACAGGUACCAUGGCUAGCGGCAAUAUGUAUACAAGCGUGUGAAAACGUGGUAAUGCUAUGUGAAGAUAUGUACCGAAGAGAAUUGUUAACCGGGGGCAACUGGAUCGUUUCUCGUGCUUUAUUCAGCUCCUCUUUGACUCUCUUCUACGCCGUUCUCGCAUCAACUGGAUCCCGCCAAAUGGAUUCGUUGUCCGGAUGCCUUGCAAUGGCGAGGAAAAUUUCCGACCGCCUUGCAACUCGAAAUGUUCCUGCGCAUCGAUGGAAAGUGAUGUUGACGAUUAUGAUCGCAACAUUACCGCCCAGCGCUAAACACAUUCAAGAGAGGCUGAUGGAGUAUGAUAGCAAAAUGUCGAGUUUGUGUUUCUAUGACACGGAACAAACGGUUCCUGACGACACUUACACUGCAUCACUGGGCGAACAAGCAUUAUCAUUUCUCAGCAGUCAAAGCCCAGAUUCAAUAAAAAGUCAAGGCCUUCCUCCUCGUAGACUGGCGGCUUUGAGGUUUGGAUGCAUCCCAGAAUCAAUCAUGACACCGACUCUAGCCAGACCGCCAUCUAGGAUGGAUUUGAAUGCUGCGCAAAGUAUGCGGCAAGAGUAUGGAUCGCCAUCGCAGCUCUACAUCAAUGAAGAAGCCAAAGCGGAUUUUGGAAAUGAGAUCUGCGGAACCCCCGAUGAGCGCAAUUGUUUCGACUUACAGUUUAACCCUGAGAGUGUCGACUUCGGAAACAUGGACGACUUUCUGGAUCUUCAAAGUUGGCUUUGA